AUUCGCCAACCAUUGUCCGGUGCGGACGGCAUUUUCGGCGUUCAAGGGUUGUAAACAAAAUGAACCCAUCCAUCCGGUGAGGGUGCGCGGUGCCUAUUUGCGGUUGUAAAGUUAAAUAAGUUGAAGUGAGUUAAAGUUUGUGGGGUGAGUGUAGUGAGGUUUAAAUUUUAAACCGUGUGCUAUGAAAUAAGCCAAAAAGUGCAUUAAACUGUGUGUCUGUGUGCUGUGGGGUAGCAAACGGCACAAACGGUCUGUACAACGGCGAAUGCUUUAUCAGUGAGGCAAAUGUGUGCGGGUUGUGUUAAAAAAAAAGUGUGCGACGCUACAACAACGAAUAAAAGCCACCGUUGCACUGAUAAGGAUUCGCCCGUGUCGGGGGUUGUCUUCCCUGUGCGAUCCCACACACAGGGAGUGGGAACACGUGCGCCUAAGGGAUGGCAAUGAACGAAUGUAGUAGAGGACAACCCAUCCAUCCUAUUAAUCGAUCUACAGAAGUGAUCUAUAGUGCACAGUGCUAGUGGAGUUUUAAAUGUGUAAAUGUGAAACCCGAAACUCUGAACGUGAACUUUAAAUAGAAAAAGCAGUGGAGUGAAGGUGCAAAAAUCAUGUCGACGAAAAUCAGUAACGGCAGCAGUACAGGUGGGACCAAUCCCACCUCCAACACAAUCACCACCAGCAACAACAACAACAACAACAACAACAACAACGAUUCACCGGAUGUACAAGUGACCGUUAAGGAUCUUCCGAUCGCAUUUAAGGUGAAAUAUCUUGGAAGCCAACCCGCCACAGGACUCUGGGGAAUCAAACACACGAGGCUACCGGUCGAUCAUUUAGUCAGCGUUGCCAAAAACCUACCACCGAACCGAAUUCUUCCCUUCUGCAAUCUUACCGUAUCGCUCGACGGGGUAAAGAUCGAGUCGAUCACCUCCAAGCUGACGUCGGUGUCCAACUUUACGAUCGAUACGAUUUCGUACGGCGUGCAGGAUCUGGUGUACACGCGUGUCUUUGCGAUGAUCGUCGUGAAGGAGAACUACAACCUGAAGGAAAAGAAUCCGUUCGAUGUGCAUGCGUUCGUGUGUGAUAGCAGGGCGAUGGCACGGAAGCUAACGUUUGCACUGGCCGCCUCCUUCCAGGACUACUCGAAGCGCGUGAAGGAGGCGGAAGAAACGAACGGUGGCAGUGGGUGCGAUACGGAGAAAUCACUGCGCAAGAAGUUUGCCAUCGAUCUGCGGACGCCGGAAGAGAUGCAGCAGGACAUCACGGAGCAGGAGACGGAGGCGUGAGCUGCGUGCACAGCCCACACCGAACCAACAGAACAUUCACACGGGACCAAACCUGAGUGCUGAUGAAUACCUAGUCCUUAUGCCUAACGAGCCUGAAGAAGCACCUGUAGGACACCGUGCAGUUUCAAGUUUAACGCUCCAGCGUCGCGUAUUACUUAUACACGUAUUUGUACCAAAUGUUGUUUUCCUCUCCGUUCCGCUUCACGAUACCUUCCACUGUUAUUGUGCCGCUUAGAUGGUUUUACAGUAGUUGUAUAAUUUUAAAAAGAAAAUCGAUCACGAUCAAUGACGAGACAAGCUGUCCAAUGGUGGGAUAAUGCAAGGAUGGCUUGAUCCGCUCGAUCGAGUAAGCAUUUGUGCGAGACAGGGAGGAGUAAUACAAUGUUGAAUAGGUAAAUAAGUUUAAGAAAGCUGGAAGCGUUUGAGCUCUAGUUUCGCAGGGUUUUGUUUUUUGCUGCUGCGAGCAACAGUUGUCGAUUGAUUUUAUUUCAAUAAACGGUAAAAGACUCGAGAA